AUGACGGAAAGUAAUGUGAGCGGGUGCGCAUCAGUGGGGCCCGGAAACGAUGCUGUUGAUGAAACGGAGAAUUCACGCAAGACCGAUGGAGGAGGAAUGGAGCCGAGCUGCUCCUGUUCAACGACGGAGCCUACGAGAACGGACGGAAGAUCAUUGACAAGUACCGUGCUCAGCCUUAGGAUUUUGACACAGGAACAAAUCAGUCAUGUCGAAGUACGGAAGGGCGAGGUGGGUAUAAAAUCUGAGCUGAGGGAACAACUGAAAGUAGCCGAUACGGAACUUAAUCAAAUUGAUGGUAAGAUGGUAAAAUUUUCUGAACAUAUGGAAACGCUGAAGGGGGCCCUCGUCGCCAUGCAGCAAGAAGCUAUAUUAGAAAGUCAAGAGGAUGAUGAAAUUCAGGACGCAAUAGUUCGAUUGGGUAGGCUGAUUAAUUAUUUGUCGACUCCGAUCUCAGACUUGUUGGGCCGUGACCUAACCGAUGACGAUUAUCAAAACCUUCUGGAAGAUUUUGAAAAUAGGUUAGAAGAGGCGCUACUAAUACGACAAGACUUCAGAGACAUGCUGGAUGAAAUCACGGGCUUAAUAAUUGCUAGAUUGCAAGUGUUUAUUUACACCGAAAUCGAAAAACUAUCUGUACCUAAAGCUAACAUCAAAGCCAUCAAAUGUAAACUACAACAGUUUAAGUAUUAUUUCCACUUUAUAGAGAAACACAACCAAAGUAUUGCCAUGAAAAUAAGACAGGAGUACAUAAUCGCUAUGGACAGUUUGUAUUUGAAACAUUUCACCAAAUUCGUGUGUGAGUACGAAGAAAACUUAACUGCAAACGAUUUAAUCGGUCUGGGCGAAAAUACAACGAGUAUCUUCAAACUCAACAACAGAAACGAACUGCUCACCUCAGAUGGUCCUCAAGAGAACUUUAAGUACUUCGAACAGAUGUUUAAGUCACACGUUCAAACUUUUAUCGACCUGUUCAGUCACGAGUAUCAGUACUUUAAAGAACUCUUCUUACUGGAAGAUGAGGAAGCGUCCGAUAUGUUUAUAAAAAUAAUUUCGUCAUCCCUGAAAUUGCUCCAGGUAAAAUUGGACGAAGCCAUAGGGAGGUGUUACGACACGAUUGGAUUGAUGUUGUCUUACCAAAUGGUCCAACAAUUUAAUAAGUUGUGUCGUGAACGAUCGAUUAUAGUAUUGGACGGUUUUUUGCGGCAGUUAGAUGCUAAUCUUAAGAAACAAUUCACAUUGAUCAUGCGACAAAACAUCGACAGUAUUCAAGAAGUAAACGCAGACACUUUUAGUGGAGACUUCGGGGUGCACAUUGUGGUAAAAAGAUUUGCUGAUUACAUUUCCGCCCUGCUAACCAUCAAGAAAGGUUCAGACGUUACCAGUCUUAAACUAUACAACGAGCUGGUGAAGUCAAUUGACAUAUUCCUAACUCGCUUCGCUAAAGGUUUCUCGGGACACAAGAAGAAAUUCGUGUUCUUCAUUAACAACUACGACUCCAUUUUGAGUAAGAUCGAUGACGAAGAAAACGUGGCGGCGGAGUUCAGAAGUAAACUUUCCUCAAGAAUCAACCAAUACACCUGCGAGAUGUUGCGAUGUUACUUCGGGGACGUCAUAAAAUACGUGGAGAAAUUCGAGUAUUAUAUGGAGAAAACCGCUGUCGAUCAAAUACAAUCGUUGAGCGCUAGAGCAGAGACCGAAGCUAAGAACUUCAAUGAGAAAUAUCAAACGGCAAUUGCCGACCUUAAAAGGGAUCUUCUUGUGUCGUUUACGAACUUGUGUACCGGCAAACAAAUUCUAAAGCUGGUUCUCACCAAGUUGAUUCAGUAUUACAAACGAUUGUAUUUGAUUCUGUCGCACCCAGCCAAGAUGCUUUUAGUGGAUAUUGAAACACUCAUGUCGGAGAUUAAACGCCAAGAAACUAUUUCGAACUAA